CGGUGAAUGUACCUCCGGCGGGGGUGGCGAGCGGUGUCCGGGAAGUGGUAUAGUAUAGGCGGAGGAGCAGAUCGGUGGAAUCUGAAUUGGAGGAGCUCCGCGCUCAAGUAGUGGAUCAGGGGUGAGACUGGGAGUAUUACGAAGGACAGGACAGUCCACAGGAGCACAAAGCUCACAGCAAGCUUGUAGAUCCACAUGAUCCACGGACAGAUGUUCACCGAGCAGCGUAGCUGUCAGCGUUCGGGUAGGUAGGACGACAAACUCGCUGUAAACACAAUUCUAACUAAACUAAACGGCUUGACAGUAAGCCCAGGAUAGAGACUAGUUCGCCAGAAGUAGGUGGUCUGCUGCAAACUGUGCAAAAAAUCGUAGAAACUUUAAAAAUAUAAAACAACCGGAGAGUGUUAUUGUAAGUCACUUCACGGAAUUCAACCGGCCUCGUCAAUCUAUAAUACUAACAUACAGUCACUCUCAUGCAACAUACAUUAAUUCUUGCCAUUUGCAUAGAGUAAACAUUACCCCUAUGCUUCAUAAUACAUUAAUAACAAUAUCAAUAUUCUCCCUAAUAUUUUCUAUUAUAAUAUCUUUCUAUAUGUAUUAAUUUAAAACAUAAGACCUCUGCAGAUGUUAUCAAAAUAAACUAUUACAACUUAACAACAUCAUGGUUAAAAUAUAACAUCUUUUUCUCUCACUUCACUGAACACCGUCGAGUGCAGUAAAAUAUGUACAGCUGUAGUUCUUUUGGCGUGGCUGUAAAUGCCUCUGAGUUAAAACAGUCUUCAGUCUUGACUAUUGUCAUUUCACAGUCAACGCCGUGAGCAGAACUGUGAACAGUAUUGUCGGCCCAAUUCUCGAGGAACUUGCUCUUAUUCUGUGUUUUGCUGUUGAUGCAGCUGUAGGACUUUCUGUCUCCUGGCUCUGGCUAUUGGCAAGGUCAAGUUACAGAGAGCACAGUGGUAAAAGGUGAUGUUGAAAAUGGGGGGGUUCUUUCUUUUCCCCCAAGUGGAUCAAGUCUGCAGCUUCACUUAAAUGUUUUGCGCUUCUAAGAACUUUGUGGCUGCCUACAUGUGAGUCUCUAUAUGUUGGCUCACCAGGAGAGCUGCAUGAACUCUGGGACCAACCUGGAGCUCAAAGUAAUAAGCUGGCAGCAUGCCCAGGUUGUCUGCCCUUGAGAACAUUGUUGGUGUGUGUGUGUUUUUUUCAAACACAUGCACAGAUGUUACAGUUUCAUCAUCUUGUGCACACAGAAUAUAGCUGAACUUUGAUCUCAGUGCUGUCUGCACUUCUACUGAACUGGAGUGUAGCCCAUUUUCCCUUUCUGUGUAUUCGGUUGUUUGCCCAAAACACACACCAAAUCAGCACUUUGAGAGCCCCGCUCAUUUCCAACCAAUUAUUUCCUCCUCUCUCACACUCAUUGCUCUCCCUCUCUGGUCAACUCCUCCUCUUCUUCCUUAUACUUUUCCUCUUGCCCAUGUCUGCUGAAGCCAACUGCCAAGGCCUGUGGGAUACAUUUUGGCAAUGCUAGUGUAGGUCAUUCGAAACAUCUUUUCCUCCUUGUGUGUCUGUACAUGGCGAGCCACACUUUGGCUUUGCUCCUCACCUUUUUCUGCCAAAGUAUGUGCAGAUGUGCACCCAAUGUCUCAACCUCGGCCUGUUUUUCUCACUGGCCAUUUUAUCGUGCACGAAGAGAGAUGCAGGGCCAAUGUUGGGAGGCGGUCCAUUUCUUGUGUUUACACCUCAAACGGAAAGCCCCGAGCAUUUUGACGACGAUCACUAGUGCUGCGCAGCGAAGUCAUCAAAGAUAACGUCAAGCCUAAAACAAGCUAGGAAUAUGAGCAUUUUUAGCUCAAGACCGGAUAUUUUUAUGUGACUAAACCUGGACCAGAUACUCAGUUUGUGGGCUCAAAACUUGGCAACAGUUUUUAUGCCACGCUGGGUAUUUAUAUUUCUCUGUAAUGUCAACAUAAACCAGGAAGGGUGCUAUACCUUAGGAAGUCAGCCUUGACACAUGUCACUGUUCUCUACGUUGGACUUUGCUCACUUGUUCACUUUGUUGCAACAGUUUUGCAUAAAACCCAUCGUGAUGAGUCAUUUGUUCUCGCAGUGAUGUUUCAAUUUCUUUCUUGGAGGAUUUUCUUUUAAAUCUUGUGCAUGAGGUGAUGUGAAACGAUACACACCCUGCGAAUGGUUUCGCACCAUUCUAAUGAGCCACAGGUGGCGGUAACACGGCAAGAUGCAAAAAUAAAGCAGUCAGUGCCAGACUAGAUGAAUGCCAACGUGUAUUUGUUUGCGAUAUGGGCUGUGUCAUUAUCUCAUUGCUCAGGGUUGUGUGAUGGAGCCACUGGACUUUGGUUUUUCCUCAACUCCCAGCAGGCCCUGUGGGUUACGUUUCAUGAUGACAGAGCCAUGUGAGACUUGCCCACUCGCAACCGUAUCCUGCGGAAACAACCGCUAGCCACACGGGAAUUCUGUUCUAAAACAGGAUUUUUCCCUUUUAAUGCUCACUGAACAGAACAGCUGUGUAGACAGUAUCUGGGGCCCCAGUGCAUGUUGGGGCCUUUGUGAUCAAGCUCGAUCUGGGCACGCUCUGCUGCCUCUCCACUUGCCCUGGCUUGACCUCUGUCUCCCUGGACUCCAUUAUAGCUGCUCACUGCAAAAAUCCGACGGCUUCUUCAUGCAUUAUCAGUCUGAAGUGACACAACUCUCCAGCUCCUGCACCUCCUCUCUUUUCGGACUUGAAUCUGACUCCGUUCUUGCUGACACACUUCAGAUUUUCAAAGUAAACGAAAGCUUCCAGACGACCCCAAAGCAGAAUGGAGCGUCUCACUGGUCUCCUCUAUAAUCGCGCAGCACAUGAGAGCUCGCUCCUUCAACGUGGUGCUGACCUUCGAUGGGAGCGGAGUGAGCAGCCAUGCCAAUCAUACAGCCAUCCAUAAAGCUGUCAGCCGUCUCGCUUUCACCGGACAAGUACCCAAUGACUGCCGUUUGCUCUCCCUGGUGACCGUUGGCCUCCUCAGGAAGUACAUCUCCUUCCUGGAGCUCCCCUUCAGCUGGCUGCUGCCCUCAAGCCUCCGCUGCAUUGUCGGCCCACAGGGCUACAGGCGAGCCAAAGAUGCCAUGUUUUGCCACCGCUCUCAACUCCUGUGGUUUCGUUACCUCUACAUCAUCUUCUCGCGCUACAUGUUCGUCAACACGUUCCAAAUGAUCCCACAAGGACCGACCAACCUGAAGAUGUAUUGAGUUGUUAGUCCUGCUGCCCAACUCCUCGAUUUCCGUGGUAGGAGUGCCUUUAGUUUACAAAUCUGAUGAGCCGUUUUGCUCACUGUGAAUAAAAGACUCUGCAGUACUGUAUUGGCUAAAGUAGCCGGAAUAUUGUUUUUGUAGAAACUUUCCACGAACAAAGCCGACACUAAUUUUGAAACAAGAAAACGUCUUAUUCAUUUUGUUGGUCCAGAAACGUCUUUAUUGUCUUUACACUGUAUAAACACAACACUAGGGUUUGGAUGGGUUGAGUUGAUUGUCUUCUUUCUUUAUAUGUUGACAAUACUGUUACAUCAAUAAUAAUAAUAAUAAAGUCCCAUCACAGUGUUGUUA